GGAUUAUCCACGGCCGGCUGAGGAGUCGAACCGAACCGCUCCCGACACGAGGCUCGCGCGCCGCCGCGAGGAAUUCCUCGUUUACUCAACCAUCGCUCGAGCCUCCCUGUCUCUUCCUCCACUACGCUCUCUGACUAUUUGAUCUGGUGUUUCUCAUUUUCUCGGUCUCAAUUCUGCGCAGCGUAAUUUGCAGUGCUCGUCUUGUGCGCAGUAUGAUCGCGCGGCCCACGAACGCCUGCUGCGAACCCUGGGGACUUGGCUCUGAAGGCUGCGCAUGUCGUGCUAUCCGCUCUACAUAAACCAUCAUCUCUGGCAACUUGCGCAGACUACUUACGGUUUCUGCGUCGACACUCUGCUUUGAUAGUCUUCCAGCAUGAUUCUCGACAACAAGGUUAUCUUGACUCCUCCACCACCGUAUGCUGCCGUUGCCGCGGAUAGGCCACCGUCACUCUCACAACCGUACCGAAGCGUGACGCUAUCGACUCUACCGCCAUACAUUCUCUUGCGUAUAGUCUAUGAUAUAUUUCCUCAAGGGCGGCCAAAAGGGCAGAGGAGGAUACUCUACUGGCUCACAGUGAACCUCCGGCGUGUCAGUCGCGGUCUAUACGUCGCAUGUAUGCACGUCCUGCGAUCUACCUACCUCCCCGUCUACACGUCCCUCGUCCACGCCCCCUACUCAUCCGACCCAUUCCCUAUGUCCGCCCCCGACGUCGGCGACUCGGAGCCCGUCUCGCCCGUGCGCUCCCUGCAGCGCGAGACGCACAUCCUCGACCUCUUCAUCGCUCUCAAGGUGCGCGAGGACGUCUGGGCGGACGAGAGCGAGCUCCACCUCGAGCGCGAGGAGAGCUUCAAGGACCUCUUCGACCUCAUGCAGCCCCGCGCGCGGCUCGAGGACCUCGUCCGGACCUAUGGCUCCCGCGCGGGCGUCGUCUCUGUGUCAGGUCCGCCACGGACGCCGUCUGCUCCACCGUCGCGGUGUCAGACUCCUACUGGCACCCGGACGGUCCCAUUCAAUCUGGUGUCCGUGUCGUUCUCCCCAAGGAAGGUCGGCCUCGUGCUCGCGACGAAGCAGCGCAGGCGCACGGUGGCGGAAGUCGUGCGGACUCGGGAUCAAACAUUGGAGACGAGCGCGGUGCGGCUUGUGAGGGAGCUCGCAGCUUGGCUGUCCGCGAACCCGCAUUACAUGACGACAUUGAUGUGACUCGGAAGGCCGAUGGAAUCAUGGAUGUUUGUGCCAGCUUGUACGAUAUGUAGACUACUGCGCUUGUGAUCUAAUCCGACUUGGCCGAAGGGAUUGUGUAGUGCGCACAGCCGGUUUGGGAUGUAGAAAUGAGUUAGUUGCCGCCCAAUUGUGGUUCUUAAAGCUUACUAUGAUAGCUAUAGCAUGAAGGUUGCGCAGACUCUGUUAGGGUCGAGUCGCGCAACAUAAGCGCAGGUCGGACUGAAUGGCGACCUGGCGGCAGUCUACGUACAGUGCUCCUGUUCUCAGCCUGAGCUCGAGUACGAAGACGAUGUACAUGCAC